AAAAGCAAGGAAACAUAACAAAGGCAAACAAGACAGGAGACUGAAAGAGAACAAAGACGAACAAAGGAGGUUGUUUUGGAGCACAGGCUCGGAGAAAGCUAAAUUGGUAACGGAACAAAAACAGAAAAAAACAGACCAUCAUGACAUACCGGCUGUUUGAGGGGAAGGAUCAUGCCUCCAUCUACCAAAGAUAUCGCUUUACACCUCCAGAUGAGGUCAAGAACAUUAUUCUUCAAUACCUAGAUAAAAAGAAGGGACAGCCACAUGUGCUGGCAGUGGAUCUGGGAUGUGGGACAGGUCAGAAUUCCCGGCUACUGGCACCGCACUUCCAGGAAGUGGUGGGCAUCGACAUCAGUGAGUUUCAACUGGAGGAGGCCAGAGCUGUGCCAGGGUACCCUAACAUCACAUACAGGAAGGGGACAGCAGAGGAGCUUCCUUUUCCAGGUGGUUCUGUAGACUUGCUCACAGCAGCGUCAGCAGCCCACUGGUUUGAUCAGACAAGGUUCCUGGCUGAGGCAAAUCGGGUUUUAAAACCCCGGGGUUGCAUGGCUCUGCUGGGCUUCAGUGACUCUAACACCAGACUUACCUACCAGGACUGUGGAGAAAGACUCAAUCACGUGUAUGAAGAUGUGAGGCAGGUGCUGAUGCCUUACACUAACAAUCAAGUAGCUGUAUCUGAGAGUAAACUGAAGGAGCUCUACUCAGCCAUCCCGUUUCCCGACAAGGACAGGAUUGAACGUAUUCGGGUGAACUCGACACUCUCGGUGAGGAACCUGGUGGGUUUCAUUGAGUCCUGGUCCAUGUUCCAAGAUUACAAGAAGAAAGAUCCCCAGGCUGCUGAAGACCUGCUGCUUAAUACUCAGAAGAGGUUUCUGGAGGAGAUGGGAGUCACGUCUCCUGACACUGAAAUAGAGCAUGAACUGGAAUAUUUCUGUGUCCUGGCAUCAAAACCACAAUAAUCAACAAUGUGGCAUUGGGGUGUGUGUUUUGAGAGAGGGUUUUUUUUUUUUUAGUCUUAGAUGACCUUAAAUACUUGUAUUCUUUAUUCUUACUAGAACUCUUUGAUUUCCUUGCAAUUGUCUUGUGUAAUGCAGGUGCAUAAUUAAGCUGACGAAGGCCUUUCUGCCAGACUUACAACAUAAUCAUUAACACACCUUUUGGUCGUACAGAAGAGUGUUCAGGCCAGUUUAGAUGAUCUGUAUUCUAGUGGUAUGUUGAGAUAUCUGUCAAUAGAGCAUCUACUGUAUUUUGCGUCACUUGUCUUUCAUUUUGCAGUGAAACUACCUCUCAAACGGUUUCCCAAUAGAACAGCUGAUCCCUUACAGCCUUAAAUGCACACUGAGAGGUUACAUAACUGGGCAUUCUUUUGAAAUAUACCUACCACUGUUGUUUCACAGUAUGGGUGCUUAGAUGCUUUGCUUUAAAGCGUUCAAAGUCUUUUGAAGUUUUUAGCCAAGCUCUUGAAAACAUGGCAUAGUGUGUGGCCCAUUAUGCUUCUCUGUUCUUUCUCAGUAGGUAAAAGGCAAACAGAAUGUACAGUAGAUAACAAUAACAAAUAAUGAGAAAUAGAUUGUGAAUUUUCUGACUUUUACCUAUUGGUUUUGCAAUAAAAUCUUUUAAGAGUUGUAUUAAAGUAAAACGGCAAGACUCUUACUGAUUAUCAGCAUUACUGGUUAGAACUAGAUUAUUAUCCAGUUUAAAAAUCAGCAUAAAACCUGCACGAACCCUUUGUUGAUAAUGUGACAUCACAUCCUCACACAUAGGGGGUGAGUUAUGCAAAAGUU